AUGAGAUUAUUGUUGAACCGCUCAACGUGGCUAUCGACAAGCCUUUCACAAGCUCAAAUCCUUCACUGUUCAACAAUACCAAUUCGUCGAGGCUUUACCAGCUCACUGGUUCGACACGAUCAAAAUUCUGAUGCAGCAGCCAAAGCUUCACCAGCUCAGAGUAACACGGACACAGUCUCCGAAGAAGUAAAGCAAAACGGGCAGCCAGUCAAGAAACCCUCGAGAUUGGCAGCCCUGAAGAAACGUAGCCAGACACCAAAUACCAGCAAGACCGGGACUAAAGAUGAUGAGACAAGCCAACGAUAUAUUCUUGGACAACCAGACGACAAGCCAAUUCGUGCGCGCUUUGCGCCUUCUCCUACUGGAUAUUUGCACUUGGGCUCGCUCAGAACGGCUCUCUUCAACAAUUUGGUAGCAAAGGCUACAAAGGGAGGUGAUUUUAUUAUACGAAUUGAGGACACUGAUCAGAAUCGUUUGGUACCUGAUGCCGAAGAGCGUAUCUUCAAAGAUCUUGAAUGGGCCGGUCUGUCAUGGAGCGAAGGCCCCGACAAAGGCGGCCCCUAUGGCCCCUAUCGUCAGUCAGUGCUCGAGGCCCAGAAGCGUGCUCUUCAUGAUGCCGGCAAAUCCACCGCUUACCCAGGCACGUGCCGCUCAGUCCCACGUUCCGAGUCCGAUGAGCGAGCUGCCAAGGGCGAGGCUCAUGUUGUCCGACUCAACUCUGGCCGCUUCGGUACGCCUAAGUUCAAGGAUGCUAUCUAUGGGCCUUUUCAGAAGAAGGAGCCCGAGGAGGACUUUGUGCUCAUGAAAACCGAUGGUUUUCCUACUUAUCAUCUUGCGAAUGUAGUUGACGACCACCUCAUGAAGAUUACUCAUGUCAUCCGUGGCGAGGAAUGGCUCAUCUCGACGCCCAAGCAUCUGGCGCUCUACGAAGCUUUUGGCUGGGAACCUCCGACCUUCGCUCACCUGGGUCUUCUCGUUAGCAAUGAUGGAUCGAAGCUCAGUAAACGCAAUGCUAGCGUUAACCUCUCGACAUAUAUGGACCAAAAGGUCUUUCCCAUGGCCUUACAAGCCUGGCUUGCCAAUCUGGGUGCUUCGUUCAAGAAAGGCAUCCAGAUACCACGCUUCCUUGAAGAUGUGGCUGAUAACCUGACUUAUAAAUUCACACGAGGUGGUAUAAAACUCAACCCGCAAAAGCUUGGCUUCUUUCAGCACGAGUACCGGAACCUCCUAUUUAAAACCCCUAUGUCUGACCACACCCCUCGCGAACAAGUUCUUAUCAGGGAAAAUCUACUCAGCCCCCUUAUCAGCAAAGUCCACGAAAUCACCUCGUCUUCAAAGGACAACACUGGCAACUAUGUACCGAUCCAACUACGCGGCACAUCUCUCAAGUGGCCUGGAGCUUUGACGCCGGUUCCAGCCAUGUUAUCAUCUGAAUCGUCGCAACAGUCCUAUGCCUUCCAAACACUUGCUCAAGAAACCUCACGGUACGCUUCUGCGGAUGACAUACCACGUCUGCUGCCAUAUCUAUUCUGGCGCCCUCCUAUUGCCAUCUACCGUGCGGCACUCGCUACAGAGACUCCACGUCGUGAUUUGAUCAACCUUAUUCAUGAAACAGUCAGUUCAACAGAUAGUUGGGAACUGGCUCUCGACCGCCUCUUGGAGCGUGUCCCUUCUGAUCAAUCCACCGAUCUGCAUAGUAUUCUUCGCCUCAUCGCUGUUGGCAGCCCACAAGCUGUCGCCAAGGCAUCUCGCAUCUUAUUCAACAUUUUGGGUCAAGAUGAGUGGCGAGCUCGUACUACUCAAGUGCGCGAUUUGUUGCAUGAGUUGGACUCAGGGGGCGAGAAUCUUCGGCAAAGAUGGAUAGACGAAGCUGCGGCCAUGACUUCAGAGACCGACGCCGUCGCUGAAUAGGCACUUGUCUUGCAGGUGGAGGUUCUUCAACAAUAUCUGGGGACAAAACAGGGUCAGAUAGAUGUAUUGUAAGAUCAAUGUAGAAUAAUGUAUCACUCCAGCAUUUUGGAUAGUACACAUCACUAAGUUCGA